AUGGCGCUGUCCUGCGAGGUUGCUCCAGUGUACGUUCCCAGUGCAGUCCUCAAGCUGUUAAGAAUGGAGGCAGUACACCAGGGUCAGCAGAUGCCCAGUGGCUUUGAUGAAGCCUGCGAAGUCACUACUUCCUCCGAACCACAGAGGCAAGUAGCAAUUAAGUCAUUUGAUACCUAUUUGAAAGACUUCUGCAGGUCCCUGAUGGCAAGCUUCCAGACACCAAAGCAGACCAGGAUGACAGGCCGAUGGGGAAACCUGGGUGGCACCAUGAUGGUGACUGCUGAAAUGUUAUCCCAUCCCGUCCACGCUCAGAAAAGGAUGACAAGAGACACACAGGAUCACAAGGCAGAGCAGGAUGUGGUGAGCAGCGUCAUCGAUGCCCAGGCUGUCUUAGAAAUCAUUACCAAUCAAGUGGCAAAAGCCCUUGACCUAUUGGCUGACCAGGCCACUCAAAUGCGAACUGCAGUAUUGGAGCACCGCAUGGUUCUUGACUAUCUCAGUAAUUGUGAUCUGGACUACAGUCUCUACUGGGAUGACUUCCCAUACCGGGUAUAUGAGUACCGGAAGAUCCCACCCCUCAUUAACCGCAUCCCUGUCAAGGCCAGACGAACUCAGUUUGGGGCAGGAGGCAAAAGUAGUCUAAGCCCCCAGCCUGGGACGAGGAGCAGCACCAGCUCCAUGACAGGACGGACAAAGUUGUGGGCCGAAGAGCUGCAUUCGAUCAAAGGGGAGCUGAGUCAGAUCAAGGCACAAGUGGACAGUCUGCUGGAAAGCCUGGACCGCAUGGACCAGCGGAGAGACUGUCUCUCAGGUGAGGGGAUGAUCAAGGAGAUCGAGAAGAAAAGGGUCGAAGUGGGUGCAGAGUUGCCAUCCCCAGCAGGAGAGGGGCCACGGGAGCCCCAAGGGAAGGAGGGAUCCGGAGCUGAUGGGCACAGUGGCCUGCGCAACAUCGACAGUGCAGAAGAGAGCACAGACACUGAGGAGACGAUGAAAAAUCACACAUCAGACCUCGAGGGGAGUCAGUAA